AUGAUAUACACAGAAGGCAAAUAUGAAGAAGAAAAUAAUCUUAUUUUCAAGAAAUUUGAUCUCGCAGGAAUGGAAAAACUGCAAGUUUUGAACGUUUCUUCUUCGCUUCAAAACUGGCUCUUCAACCGGAACUCUGGAUACAAAAUAGCAGACAAUCCAAUGACGCGUGUCGGUUUGCGUUUGCACAUUUCCAGAUUAGACAAAUUUGACGAGAUUACAGGAGAACUACAAAUUCUUUCCUCUGUUCUUAUCUUUUGGGCUGACGUUCGGCUGACUUGGGAUCCUGAAAGCUUCUCUGUUUUCCUGGAACUGGGUGGAUAUUCUAUAAAUGUAGACUUUUUGCAAGUAAAACUGAAGGAUAUCUGGAGACCAGAUAUCAGUCUCUUUAAUCCUUUUAAUGAAUUGAAUGUAUUCAGGGAACUACAAGAUGAAAAGGUUCUUCUUGAUCCAGAAGGUCUGCUGUCUUAUGAGGGCUUGCUAAAGACAAACACCUAUUGUAAGCCGAAUCUUAAACAAUUUCCUUUCGACGAACACGAAUGUACCAUUCAAUUUGUGGCAACUUCAACAGUCAUAACCAACAUCCCUCAAAAACCGGAAGUGUUUGAUGAGAAUGCAAAAUGGAUAUAUUUCGAAAUGGAGCCAUGUGUUCUUAAUCUCGCUCCAAGUCGAUAUGGACUUGAAGUUAACCGAGACCGUCGAGUUCUUGUUUUUCCAUUCAAGGUUAUUCGAAGGCCCUCCUAUCUUUUUGUGAAUAUCGCUGUUCCGCUCCUUGUACUUAGUCUUUUAAACACAGUUGUCUUCUUUAUUCCGGCCAUCCCAGGAGAAAGACUGUCGUUCUGCAUUUCACUUCUGCUAGCCUUUACAGUGUAUCUCAUUUAUGUGGCUGGACUUAUUCCGGAAACUUCAAACCCAGUCCCUCUUAUAAUUUAUUUUUUGGUCUCUCAAUUUCUGCUAAGUGCGUUUAUAACAUGUUCCAGCUUUUUUACGGCUGUAUUUUUCCAGAGGGAAGGAACGAAAGCAAUACCUCGCGUAAUUACGGAAAUUCUAAAAAGAUUCCACAAAAUACGUGUUAACGAUGUUGAGAAUGGUAAUCUACCUAAAGAACACACAAUGGAAGAAAAUACUGAAGAACAAAGUAUCCCAGAUGAUGAAACAUUAAGGACAGGCGAAGUUUCAUAUCAAAUAAGCUGGAAAAGCAUUGCCAUGCUAGUGGAUAGAGUAUGUUUGACCUUAACUUGUAUCAUCCUCCUGCUUGAAGUCGUACUGUUUUCUUAUCUCGCCUCUCGCUUGUCUACCUCGGUUGAGCCCAAUCCUGUCGCAGAUAUCUGUCGUGGAUUUCAACUGAACAUGACUAAAUUCUGUUUUGACGACGUAUCAGGGUUAUGUGUUGAUCCUACUAUGGUUGGUUCUUAA